CGGUGCCGUCGGCCCAGCCUUCUGCCCGGCGCCCCGCGGGCAGCCCCGGGCCGCUGCGCCAUGUCCGCCAACUGGUUCCGGCGCCGCUUCCUGCCGGGGGGUCCGCUCCCCGCGCCGCGGCCGCCCCGGCCCCGCGCCAGCCCCGUGCCCUACCGGCGGCCCCGCUUCCUGCGCGGCUCAGGCUCCAGCCCCGGCACCGCCGACGCCUCGUGCCGCCCGGACGCCCGGCCAGUGCGCAGCCCGGUGCGGGGCCGCGCGCUGCCCUGGAACGCAGGCUACGCCGAGAUCAUCAAUGCAGAGAAAUCUGAAUUCAAUGAGGAUCAGGCGGCCUGUGGGAAGCUGUGCAUCCGGAGAUUUGAGUUUGGGGUUGAAGAGGACCAGGAAUGGCUGCCCUUGUGCCCAGAGGAGUUCCUGACAGGUCAUUACUGGGCACUGUUUGAUGGUCACGGUGGUCCAGCUGCAGCUAUCCUGGCUGCCAACACCCUGCACUCCUGCCUACGCCGGCAGCUGGAGGCCGUGGUAGAGGGCAUGGUGGCCACUCAGCCCCCCAUGCACCUCAGUGGCCACUGCAUCCGCCCUAGUGACCCCCAGUUUGUGGAAGAAAAGGGCAUUAGGGCAGAAGACUUGGUGGUCGGGGCUCUGGAGAGUGCCUUCCAGGAGUGUGAUGAGGUGAUUGGGCGAGAGCUGGAGGCCUCAGGCCAGGUGGGUGGCUGCACAGCCCUGGUGGCUGUGACCCUGCAAGGAAAGCUGUAUGUGGCCAAUGCUGGGGAUAGCAGGGCCAUCUUGGUGCGGAGGGAUGAGGUACGGCCCCUGAGCUCUGAGUUCACCCCGGAGACUGAGCGGCAGCGGAUCCAGCAGCUGGCCUUUCUCUACCCUGAGCUUCUGGCUGGUGAGUUCACCAGACUGGAGUUCCCUCGGCGACUGAACGGGGAUGACUUGGGGCAGAAGGUUUUGUUCAGGGAUCACCACAUGAGCGGCUGGAGCUACAAGUGCGUGGAGCAGUCGGAUCUCAAGUACCCACUGAUUCAUGGACAGGGUAGGCAGGCUCGGUUACUGGGAACACUGGCUGUCUCCCGGGGCCUAGGAGACCAUCAGCUCAAAGUCCUGGACACAAAUAUUCAGCUCAAGCCCUUCUUGCUCUCUGUCCCACAGGUGACUGUGCUGGAUAUGGACCAGCUGGAGCCGCAGGAAGAGGAUGUAGUUGUCAUGGCGACUGAUGGGCUCUGGGAUGUCCUGUCCAGUGAGCAGGUGGCACGGCUGGUGCGGAGCUUCCUCCCUGGCAACCGAGAGGACCCACACAGACAUGGAUCUUGCCAUCCUCUGAACCUGAAGAGAAUGAUCAAGGAAUAUAACAGCUCAAGGCACAAUACAAAGACAAGUGGCAAACAGACAUGGAUUGACAUCUGGAGAGAGGCCAAGCUUCAGGACCCAGCCACCAGCAGAAAUGGAGAGGGAGUAAUGGCAGUGAAGAAAAGACACUUUGGGAACUGAUCUAGACCCUAGUUAUUUGCUCCUAGGCAAGUCACUUCCCCUCUAACUUCAGUUUUCUCAUUUAAAAAGGGGGCUGAAUACGAUCACCCUACGAACAUCUACACUAAGGUGACUGAAUGAAGGGUUACAUCAGUGCUUGUAGAGUUUAACUCUAUGAUGGUCCAGGGAAGACCAACAUUAACGCCCGUUCCCAGAAAAGAAAGCGAAGUCAGGACAGUUUAAAGACACUAUACCUUUGACAUAACGUGCUACACAGAAAUCUGAGAAACUCUAUCUCAAAAGGAUAAUAAAUAAUAUCUUAAAUUAGUUAAAACUAACAGAAAUAACAUAAUGCACAGUACCAGAUAAGUAACACCCAAGGGGCGGGGGGAUAAAGGAAGCUUACCAAUCAUAAUAAACUGCGAGUCUGGAGUAAACGAGGCCUCCAGUGUGACGGCUUUGCUGUUGGCAUAACCCUAAAACAAGCAGAACAAUUCUCAUUACAGUGCCAUUAACAAAAAAUAAUGGCCUACAAACACUGACCCCAGCACAUACAUCUUCUUCUUCUUUUUUUUUUGAUGAAAAAAAUUUUUUACAGUAAAAUAUAGAUAACAAUUUACUAUUUUAAGUAUUUUUAAGUGUACAGUUCAGUGGCACUAAGUAUACUUAAAAUGCUAUGCAACCAUUACCAUCUUCUGCCUCCAAAACCUCUUCAUCAUUCCGAACAGAAACUUCAUAAUCUUUAAUAGUAACUCCCCAUUUCCCUCUUCCCCUGCUCCCUGGCAAUCUCUGUUCUACUAUCUAUCUCUAUUCUAGAAAACU